CGCCUAUUUCCAUAUCGCUUACGCGCCAUGAGCAGUAUGCACGAUGAUAUCUCGCUAAUAUAUUCAUUCUGCCGACAAUAGCGCCCUAUUCUCAUCUUACAUUGCCGGUAUGACUUCUGAGACGAGCGCCAAGGGUGUCUCUGUGUUGCCUGAUGGUGUCAAUGAGGUUAGCUGGCUCUCCAUUGGUCUCCGGUCGAUGACGCUCAAGGUCCCUCUGCAGGCUCCCGCUCCCCUGAACAUCAUCAAGUCCAUCAGCCUCGGUCAGAUGGGUAUGAACUGGACCAAUGCCGAUGCCUACGCGCCGCUUGCCAACUCCCCAGGUGUUGUCGCUGGCUUCCAGAUGCCCUUCGGCUUCUCCCUCAACGUGACCCAGGUGAACAACAAUAUGACGGUUAUCUACAACAACAAGAACAUGGCCAGCCUAAACUCAUCCCAGUGGGGUCCUGCAGUGACCUCAAAGGACGCCAACGGCACCGCAAUCACCUUUGCGCUCCCUCCGACUCCUUUCAAUAUCGAGGCCGAUUCUCAUGGCGAUUUUGAUGACUUUGUCAAUAAGCUGACCGUGGGUUCGAGUGAGUCAUUUAGUGUGGCAGGCCUGGCAGGCACUGUAGCCCAGACUCCCAUCGGUGAGGUCGUAAUCAGCGGCAUCCCAUUCAAGUCAGAUGUUUCCUUGUCUGGUCUGCAGGGUCUCAAGACCGAGCCCACUGUGAUCAAUAGCCUGACGGUCAUCGGUGGUCUCCCCACCGGUCUGCAAAUCGCCCUCAACCUGUCCAUGGUUAACCCAAGUACGCUCUCAAUCGAUACUGGUGUUGGUGAUAGCGCUAUUGUUACCUUUGCUAUGCAGUACGAGGGUGACAAUGUCGGAACUGUCAUCUUCCCUAGCUUGAACUUGGUUCCUGGCCAGAACAUUCGCACUGCUGGAGCCAUGUUCACCCCCACUGGCACCCAAGGAGGCCAAGCCCUCUUACAGAAGUAUAUGUCAAACCAGGCCGCGACUGUUGACAUCUUCGGCUCUUCCUCGUCGUCUGCCAUCGGCCCCCUGGCUGCGGGUUUGAAGGACGUGCAAUUGCAAUCCAGCAUGCCCGGAAACCCUGCUCAGCUUCUUUUGAGCACUGCCUUGACUAUCCUCGAUGACACUGGCAAGACUGGUAUUGCCAUGGCGACCGUUACCGUCAACAAUCCCUUCGUACCCGGCCUGACCAUUAAGUCGAUCAAAUCCACGGUCCAGUACAACGGCCGACAGCUCGGUGCCAUUGACAUUCCUUCGGUUACAAUCAGUGUCCCUGGCAAUACUCAGCAAGCCUCUCAACCCUUGCCUUUGUCCAUGGAUCUCUCUAUCGACUCUCUGCUCAGUCUCAUGAUAGAUCAGACCAAGCUCAACAACCUGAAUGCCGAGCCCAUCAUUUCCUUGGGCAAGAUGGCCAAGGACCCUACGGUCAAGAUUUCAUCCUCGGUCUUUGCUGGAUUCAACUUGCCCACGUUUGUUAGAGCUGCGAUGGUUGGUCUCAAGGUCGACGUUUCUAUGACGGUCGACGUCAUGGUUGGUGAAUAUGCCACCUCACUCACCUUGACACAGAACGGUGUCCCCACCAUCACGGACGAUACCAUCCUGAAACUCCUUCCCAUCGUCGGAACUCCUAUCGCUCAGGCUAUCGUCGACCAGGCCACUCUCAGCUUCAGCAGUGUCAUGAUCAAUAGCCCUGCCGAGACGGACUUUACCACUAACAUUAACGGUCUCAUUGCCAACACGGGUCCUUUCGAUGCCGAGAUUUCCUUCCCCAGCGGCUCCUCGGUUGCUUGGUUGAACAACGGCGCCGAAACGCCCAUUGGUAUGAUCUCGAUGCCCGUUGUCUCUGCCAAGGCUGACGUUGGAGCCCAGCUUGCACUGACCAACGUUCCCUUCCACGUGGUCAGCGGUUCGAACAUGGGCGACUUUGUUGGAUAUUCCUUGAAGGCCGAAUCUUUCGAGUGGUCGGUCGCUGCCGAAAACAUUACUGUCAUUGCCAUGGGUGCUCCCAUCCCUAACAUCAACAUGAAGAAGAGUGUGUCGCUGAAGGGCUUCAACGGUCUUCAGGGUCUGGUCAUCCAGAAAUACGAUCUGCCCUCGAAUGAUCCCAACGGCAUCCAUCUCGUCCUUCAGGCCACGCUUCCCAACCCCUCGAACGUUGGUAUUGAGAUGGGCACCAUCGUAUUCAGCAACUUCUUCCAGGGCCAAGAUAUCGGUUUUGUUCAGACCUCUGGCCUCAAGUUGAUGCCGGAUGGUAUCACACCCAUUGCCAUGGAAGGAACAUUGACCAAGCAAACCUCUACCGCCGGCCUCAAUGCUCUUGGCGACAUGUUCCGCAUGGCCCUGAACGGAGGCUCACCAAAUUUGAUUGUCAAGGGCAAGUCUGUAACCCCUGCCAGCGGACCCGUGUCCUGGCUGAGCUCUGCCUUCUCGACCCUGACCAUGAACGUCACGUUACCAAGUCUCGGUAAGCAGGAUAUUAUCACUGGAAUCACUAUCAAGACCAUGACCCUGGACUUUACUGGCAGCAACCCCUACAGCGUCAUGACCUCUUCGGACAACAUUGAGGCCACGUUCAAGAUCCCGUUCUCUUUCCCACUCAGCAUCACACAGGUCGCUGAGGAUAUAAAUAUUCAGCUGUCCAAGGGUAACGACGUUGCCAACUUGAAGCUCCCUCUUGGCCCUGCUCAGACCAUCAGCCCUGGUCUACUCAAGACAGGCUACACGAACCAGCCUUUGAAUGUUAACGAUGGUGCCCAUGAAGCCUUCAAUGGUUUCUCCAAAGUGUUGACCACUAGCCCUGGUAUCCAGUUCUUCCUAUCCGGCACUGCUGAUACUGUUGCUGACACUGCUGCAGGCGAGGUCAAGAUUCCCGGCGUCAAUGUGAGUGUUCCCUCAACCUUAGCGGGCAUGAACUUGAACGCAGGCGGAGCUCAGAUCACGGACAUCAAGAUCACUGGAGGAACAAGCCAGUACCUGAUCAUCAACCAGAAUGUCGUGCUUCAGAACCCCUCUGGUCUGACGGUCAAGGUCGGUCAGGUCAGCUUCGAUAUCAGUUACGCCGGAAACCUCAUGGGCACGGCUACGGUCAACAACAUGAUCCUCGUCCCAGGUCCCAACACUCUGCCAGCUGAAUUUCAUCUGAUGCCUUCUAAUGACGCUGUUCGCGAUGGUUUCCUAAGCGGUUUUGUUGCCGGCGGUACAUUCAACCUCGCCAUUUCCGGUAGUGCAGAAUCGACCAAGGUUGAGUCCCUGAAAGACGCCAUGGCUUCAGUCAAGCUGUCCUCGACCAUCAAGGGCAUUACAGACAAAUUGGUCGCCCCUGGCAGCCACGCAGAACCGGAUAUCCUCAACAUGUUACAGGUCAUCUCUCCUCGCAAGACCCCUGUCCAAGUCAUGAUCUACAAUCCCUUCGAUACUCCUCUCUACAUCAAGACCAUGAAGGCGAGCACGACCUGGCAGGGCAAAUAUUUUGGUGAGAUCGAUCAGGAUGUCGGUCUCACGAUCCCACCCAAGGCUACAGUUCUUUCACCCACGCUGACAAUGGAAUCGCCUGCUGGUCUCGAUUUUUUUGGCACUUUGAUCCCCUUCAUGCUGAAGUACCCUCAGUUACUCAUCGGCCAGACUGCGGACGUGCCAUUCAACAUCAACGCGACGAUCACCGCCGUUGUCGGUGGUUCAAGUGGAUAUCUCGGCAACGUUGCUUACAGCCAGGCUGAUACGGUCAUCACGGUCCAGAUCAACGGAAAGGCUCCUGCGGGUGCUCUUCCUCCACAGCUGGGUGGUCAAAGCGUGGCAAACGCGACGGCCACUACUCUUGUUCCUACAGCUUCAACCGAGACGUCGGCCACUGUCUCAGCAUCCGCAUCCACGACUGAUGUUCCCAAGGUUUCCAAGCCCACCGAAACCACCGAGACCACCGAGACGACGACAACGACGACUCAGCCUGAAAUAGAGCCGACUAAAGAGCCCACGAAGACCACAACGACCGCGACUGCUGUAAAGACUCGACUUCCAGUGGUUGGCAAGCGUCAGGUGCAGGUUCUUGAGAACGGUCCUAGCGACACUUCACCCGAGGUGGUAGAGGCAUGGAUUAAGGCCAUGGUGAACAAGAUCGCGCAGGAUGACGGUCUCCCUCCUCCAUACGCAUAAGCGAGGCAGGAUUUCUUCAUUUCAGAUUUAUAACCAUCUAUCUUUGUGCUCGUUUCUCGUUUUGCAUUCUUGUUUUCAUUCGCAUCCUUUUUUUUUAUUUUUCUUCCGGAAUCACUAUCAAGGCUUCUUGUUUGAUUGGUUUUAUUUCUUUGCCUCUUUUCUUCACAGAAACCUGCGUUGGCGAAGGUGUUCUCUAACACCUUUUUUUUACGACCUCUACCUUUUAAUUCUUAAUAAGCAUUGCAGUACCUUUAAUGAUGCAGGUGCUUGUAUACCACCACUUAUCUUCCUCGUUUCGCAAGUGCAAUGAUCAAUUGAAAAAAAAAAAAGACAAUACUUGUAACGAUUUUCCGGAAUUAUUAUAGAAGGAGAGAAAAACAGAAGAUGAACC